GGUUCCCCCAGGGCAAAUGUAAGGAUGGCGGUGGCGGUCGCAGCUGAGGCCGCAGCUAGAUGCUUGGAGGAAUCUUCGGAUAGUGAACCGGAGCAAGAACACGGUUCACCUCAAAAACUGAUCCGCAAAGUUUCCACGUCGGGGCAGAUCAGAAGCAAGACCAUUUUAAAAGAGGGAAAGUUGAUGAAACAGACAAAUUCCUUUCAGCGCUGGAAAAGACGCUACUUCAAGCUGCGUGGAAGAACCCUCUACUAUGCCCAGACAGCUAAGUCCAUCAUUUUUGAUGAAGUGGACCUGACAGACGCAAGUGUGGCAGAGUCCAGCACGAAGAACGUCAACAACAGCUUCACCAUCAUCACUCCCUGUAGGCGUCUGAUCCUCUGUGCUGAGAACAGGAAGGAAAUGGAGGACUGGAUGGCGGCUCUGAAAAGUGUUCAGAACCGGGAGCACUUUGAGUCCACUCAGUACAGCAUGGACCACUUCUCUGGGAUGCACAACUGGUAUGCCUGCUCCCACGCCAGGCCCACCUACUGUAAUGUCUGCAAGGAGCCACUGUCCGGAGUGACCUCGCACGGCCUGUCCUGUGAAGUGUGCAAGUUCAAAGCCCACAAGCGAUGUGCCGUCCGCGCCACCAACAACUGCAAGUGGACCACGCUGGCCUCCAUUGGCAAGGACAUCAUCGAGGACGAGGACGGGAUAUCUAUGCCUCACCAGUGGCUGGAGGGGAACCUGCCGGUCAGUGCAAAGUGCACAGUGUGUGAUAAGACCUGUGGCAGCGUGCUCAGACUCCAAGACUGGCGCUGCCUGUGGUGUAAGGCCAUGGUGCACACAACGUGUAAGGAGCAGCUCUCCACUAAGUGUCCCCUUGGUCAGUGUAAAGUGUCGGUCAUCCCCCCUACAGCCCUCAACAGCAUCGACUCAGACGGCUUCUGGAAGGCCACGUGUCCCCCCUCGUGCACAAGUCCGCUGCUGGUGUUCGUCAACUCCAAGAGCGGAGACAACCAGGGCGUUAAGUUCCUGCGCCGCUUCAAGCAGCUGCUCAACCCCGCACAGGUGUUCGACCUCAUGAACGGAGGACCGCACCUCGGGCUGAGACUCUUCCAGAAGUUCGACACCUUCCGGAUAUUGGUGUGUGGCGGUGAUGGUAGUGUGGGCUGGGUGCUGUCAGAAAUUGACACGCUCACCCUCCACAAGCAGUGCCAGCUGGGCGUGCUACCGCUGGGCACGGGGAACGACCUGGCGCGCGUCCUGGGCUGGGGCUCGGCCUGCGACGACGACACGCAGCUGCCACAGAUCCUGGAGAAGCUGGAGCGGGCCAGCACCAAGAUGCUGGACAGGUGGAGCAUCAUGGUGUACGAGACCAAGUUCCCACGGCAACACUCCAGCUCCACGGUGACCGAGGACUGUAGCGAUGACUCAGAGGUGCAGCAGAUCCUGACGUAUGAGGAUUCGGUGGCGGCGCACCUGUCGAAGAUACUGAGCUCAGACCAGCACUCGGUGGUCAUUUCCUCCGCCAAGGUUUUGUGUGAGACUGUCAAGGACUUUGUGGCCAGAGUGGGGAAGGCCUAUGAGAAGAACACAGAGAGCUCUGAGGAGUCAGAGGCCAUGGCUAAGAAGUGUGGCGUGCUGAAGGAGAAGCUGGACUCUCUGCUGAAGACGCUCAGCGAGGAGGCCCAGGCGUCCAGCGUCAUGCCCGCCCCUCCGCCCACCAUCGCCGAGGAGCAGGAGGAGGGCGAGGGCGUGCUGGUGCCCCCCAGCCCCCCUCGGCCCCCACCACUUUCUAAGACGCCAUGUGAGAAACUCAUCAGUAAGGGAAGCUUGUCUCUGGGUAGCUCUGCAUCACUUCCUGCUCAGACAGGAAGUAGGGAGAACAUGCCAAUGCUCAACACAAAGUUCCUCUACCCAAGUCUCAGGGCAGGCAUGACAGGUUCUUUGUCCAGUAGCUCAGUCAUCAGCAGAUUGCUAGUCAACGCUGACCCAUUCAACUAUGACCCUGAGAACCUGGACUGCUACACCGAGAAGUGUGUGAUGAACAACUACUUUGGGAUUGGGCUGGACGCCAAGAUCACCCUGGACUUCAACAACAAGAGGGACGAGCACCCGGAGAAGUGUCGGAGUCGCACUAAGAACAUGAUGUGGUACGGAGUGCUGGGCACCAAGGAGCUGCUGCACCGCACCUACAAGAACCUGGAGCAGAGAGUGCUUCUAGAGUGUGACGGCCGGCCCAUCCCCCUGCCCAGCCUGCAGGGCAUUGCGGUGCUGAACAUCCCCAGCUACGCUGGUGGGACCAACUUCUGGGGUGGAACCAAAGAGGAUGAUACGUUCACGGCCCCGUCUUUCGACGAUAAGAUCCUGGAGGUGGUGGCUGUGUUUGGCAGCAUGCAGAUGGCCGUGUCCCGUGUCAUCAACCUGCAGCACCACCGAAUUGCACAGUGUCGCACAGUGAAGAUCACCAUCCUGGGAGAUGAGGGCGUACCUGUGCAGGUGGACGGAGAAGCCUGGAUCCAACCGCCGGGUUACAUCCGCAUCAUCCACAAGAACCGCACACAGACCCUUACUCGUGAUAGGGCAUUUGAGAAUACACUGAAGUCCUGGGAGGACAAGCAGAAGUGUGAGUUUCCACGGCAACCAGCACAGCAUGCCCUGCAGCCAGAGACAGUGUCCGAGGAAGAGGCUUCCCAGAUCAACCAGUUUGGCCAGGCUGCAGGAGCACUCAUACACAGCAUCCGAGAGAUUGCAAAGUCCCACCCCAGCAUGGAGCAGGAGCUUGCCCACGCAGUCAACGCCAGCUCCAAAUCUAUGGACGUGGUCUACGCCAACUCCAAAAGCACCGGCGGCCUGAACAGUAGCGUCGUGGUUCAGAUGGUCAGUAACGUGAAGGCUCUUCACAGUGAGACUGAGCUGCUUCUGGCUGGGAAGAUGUGUAUGCAGCUGGACCCUCCCCAGAAGGAGCAGCUGUCGGCCACCCUGGGCACCGUGGCCCAGCAGCUCCGCCGUCUGGCCGACCUCCCAUGGCUGUGCCACCUCAUCGAGCCCACCGACGACGAGGGCAACCUGACCGACUUCUCCAAGCGUAGUCGCAGUGCCAAAUUCCGCCUAGUGCCCAAGUUCAAGAAAGACAAGAACAACAAAAACAAAGAGACAUGUGCCACUCUCAGCCUGCCAGUGGACCAGUGGGGCACAGAGGAGGUGGCGGCCUGGCUGGAUCUGAUUUGCCUGACCGAGUACAAGGAGAUCUUUAUCGGGCACGACGUGCGGGGCUCGGAGCUCCUGCACCUGGAGCGGAGGGACCUCAAGGAUCUGGGGGUGACCAAGGUGGGUCACAUGAAGCGAAUCCUACAGGGUAUCAGAGAUUUGAGCCGCAACAGCUCCGCCAGCGAGGCCUAGGAGCCCUGUCUGGCUGCGUCUGCGGAGGACCCAGCCAACUGGACGAGCCCUGACCACCUACACCCGUCAGCCACUCUCCCUACCCCGGCCCCCAAUCUCCCACGCGCCGGGACCAAUGCAGUAUCGCCCAAUCCAAAAGCACCCCAGAACUGAGACCAACCAACCCUAGUGCCUUCAUGUGCCCACCUCCAUGGCAUCAUUACUUUGGGAGACUGGAUUUUUUCAUUGCACAAAGGAGGGAGGCACCAGAAACCCAUCAUCCUCAUCAUCAUUUUAUUAGGGUCAUACUAAUAUCAUCAGAU